GCCUCAUCACUUCUCACAAACCACUAUCCGAUAUGUCCGUCGAGACUGUUCCUCUGCCUCUACCGCCCACACUUGAUGCGUCGAAAGUCAAGGGUGUAGAUCCGAGUAGUAUUGACCCCAACUCGGAGCAGUUCAAGGAGAUUGAGCAGCUGCUGUACAAGCACAGCAUCCUUGUGUUCAGGAAUGCAAUCAUCAGUCCAGAAAGACAAUUUGCCUUAGCGAAGGCAUUUGACCCGACGGCCGAGAACUUCGGACACGGCAACAACAAGAUCGAGAAAGACAAACAGAACAUCCUCAACCGCACGCUUCGAGGCAUCCCCCGCGUUCCGCAGGUGCAGCUCAUCGGUAACGGGAUCGUCCACGACUAUGAGGGCUUCCCCGGAGAAAUGCGCCUCGAGCACCCCUCUCAUCACACAUGGCACAAGACGCACCUUUCCCCUGAAGAUGAAGCCGCGGGCUACACGCGCUUCGUGCGAUGGCAUAUGGAUGCUGCGUUGUAUGACCUCCAACCGCCGAGGGUGACCACCCUCUAUGGACGCGUCGUUCCGAAGGGACCGAAGCAGAUCGUGCGGUAUGACGAUGGGACGGGCGACGAGCUGGAGGUGCCGCUCGCUGCGACUGCAUAUGCGAGUGGCAAGAUUAUGUUUGAGCUGCUGCCGAGGGAGCUGAAGAGCGUCGCUGUGAGGGGGAGAGUCCAGUACGCGCCGCAUCCGUAUGUCUGGGUGUCCACUGCGAAGGCGAGGUCAACGGCGUUGGCGAUGGAGGCGGAGGGAAAGGAGGUGCCGCUUGACAACUUGCCGCCUUGGGAAGAGUCGAAAAUACAGAUAACGCCUAUGCUGUGGAAGAACCCGGUGACCGGCGAUCUGCAUUUCCAAGUGCACCCGUAUUGCGUGGCGGAAGUCUUCAUAGAUGCACUACCGGAAGGCACCAGUAGAGAUGACGCUCUGUACCCAGACGGGGCGCACCUCACUGACUUGCAGGAAGUACGAGACUUGCUGUACAAGAUGCAAAGGCCAGCCAUCUCGCCGCAGUUUGUGUACCCACAUGACUGGCAUGAGAACGACUUGAUUGUCUUCCACAACCGCGGGGUUAUGCACUCAGUGACCGGGACACUGCAGCCUGAUCAAGUGCGCGCAUACCACCAAUGUAAUCUUGCCGCGUCGGACAGUCCUGUUGGCCCAGAUGAAGAAGACAUGCAAAAGUGGGUGUAGGUGUUUGCGUUGAGGUCACUUAAACAAAAAGCGCUGCAAUGUAUAAUGAGAGUGGUAUUUACUCAGAAGCACAGAGAGUGCAUGGCCUGUUCAGCAGUGAUCACCUC